GGGGGGAGGGGGGAGGGGCUGCGGGCGCCGCCGACCGGGACUCAGCAGCCCCGCCAGGCAGCGACCUGUGAUGCUGCCGUCCCCCAUCGCCCCGUGUCCCCACGAUGACCCACAGCCCCGCCUCAAGCGAGGACGAGGAACACCACAGCGCCAGCGAGUGUCCCGAGGGCGGCUCGGAGUCCGACAGCUCCCCAGACGGGCCCGGGAGAGGCCUCCAGGGGACCCGGGGCCGGGGCAGCGGGGCACCUGGUAGCCUGGCCUCGGCCGGAGGCCUCCAGGGCCGCUCCAUGUCUGCCCUGGACGACGCCCACUUCAGCAUGAUGGUCUUCAGGAUCGGCAUCCCGGACCUGCACCAGACAAAAUGUCUGCGCUUCAACCCUGACGCCACCAUCUGGACGGCCAAGCAGCAGGUGCUCUGCGCCCUGAGCGAGAGCCUGCAGGACGUGCUCAACUACGGCCUGUUCCAGCCCGCCACCUCGGGCCGCGACGCCAACUUCCUGGAGGAGGAGCGGCUGCUGCGGGAGUACCCCCAGUCCUUCGAGAAGGGGGUGCCCUACCUGGAGUUCCGGUACAAGACCCGCGUUUACAAACAGACCAACCUGGACGAGAAGCAGCUGGCCAAGCUGCACACAAAGACCGGACUGAAGAAGUUUCUGGAAUACGUGCAGCUCGGGACGUCUGACAAGGUGGCGCGGCUGCUGGACAAGGGGCUGGACCCCAAUUACCACGACUCGGAUUCAGGAGAGACCCCCCUCACGCUGGCUGCCCAGACGGAAGGCUCCGUAGACGUGAUUCGAACCCUGUGCCUGGGCGGGGCCCACAUCGACUUCCGAGCCCGGGAUGGCAUGACAGCCCUGCACAAGGCCGCGUGUGCCCGCCACUGCCUGGCUCUCACGGCACUCCUGGAUCUCGGGGGCUCCCCCAACUAUAAGGACCGCCGGGGGCUGACCCCUCUGUUCCACACGGCUAUGGUGGGGGGCGACCCCCGCUGCUGCGAGCUGCUGCUGUACAACCGGGCCCAGCUGGGCGUGGCUGAUGAGAACGGCUGGCAAGAGAUCCACCAGGCCUGCCAGCGGGGUCACUCCCAGCACCUGGAGCACCUGCUCUUCUACGGGGCUGAGCCCGGAGCCCAGAACGCCUCGGGGAACACGGCGCUGCACAUCUGCGCCCUCUACAACAAGGAGACCUGUGCUAGGAUCCUCCUCUAUCGCGGGGCCAGCAAGGACGUGAAGAAUAACAACGGACAGACCGCCUUCCAGGUGGCAGUGAUUGCUGGGAAUUUUGAACUGGGGGAGCUGAUUCGAAACCAUCGAGAACAGGACGUGGUGCCCUUCCAGGAGUCCCCCAAGUAUGCGGCCCGGCGACGGGGACCCCCGAGCGCCGGGCUGACGGUGCCGCCCGCGCUGCUGCGGGCCAACAGUGACACCAGCAUGGCCCUGCCGGACUGGAUGGUGUUCGCCGCCCCGGGGGCCUCGUCCACGGGGGCCCCCGCCCCUGCCUCCGCGCCCCAGGGCCAGUCGCAGCCCUCGGCCCCCAGCACCAAGCUCAGCACCGGGACCCUCCGAAGUGCCAGCAGCCCCCGGGGUGCCCGGGCUCGCUCCCCAUCCCGGGGGAGGCACCCCGAGGAGGCCAAGAGGCAGCCCCGUGGACGGCCCAGCUCCAGCGGGACGCCCCGGGAACCGGCCGGGGGCACCGGGGGCUCAGGGGGGCCCGGGGGCUCCCUGGGCAGCCGCGGGCGACGCAGGAAGCUCUACUCGGCCGUGCCCGGACGCUCCUUCAUGGCGGUGAAGUCCUACCAGGCCCAGGCCGAGGGGGAGAUCUCCCUGAGCAAGGGCGAGAAGAUCAAAGUGCUCAGCAUCGGCGAAGGAGGCUUCUGGGAAGGCCAGGUCAAAGGUCGCGUCGGCUGGUUCCCCUCCGACUGCCUGGAAGAGGUGGCCAACCGCUCCCAGGAGGGAAAGCAAGAGAGCCGCAGUGACAAGGCCAAGAGGCUGUUCCGGCAUUAUACCGUGGGCUCCUACGACAGCUUUGAUGCCCCCAGCGAUUACAUCAUUAAGGAGAAGACGGUCCUGCUGCAGAAGAAGGACAGCGAGGGGUUUGGGUUCGUGCUCCGGGGGGCCAAGGCGCAGACCCCCAUCGAGGAGUUCACCCCCACCCCGGCCUUCCCGGCCCUGCAGUAUCUGGAGUCGGUGGACGAGGGCGGCGUGGCAUGGCGCGCGGGACUGCGCAUGGGCGACUUCCUCAUCGAGGUGAACGGGCAGAAUGUGGUGAAGGUGGGCCACCGCCAGGUGGUGAACAUGAUCCGCCAGGGGGGCAACACGCUGAUGGUGAAGGUGGUGAUGGUCACCCGGCACCCGGACAUGGACGAGGCCGUCCACAAGAAAGCACCCCAGCAGGCUAAGCGGCUCCCGCCCCCAGCCAUCUCCCUGCGUUCCAAGUCCAUGACCUCAGAGCUGGAGGAGAUGGUCUCCCCCUGGAAGAAGAAGAGUGAGUAUGAGCAGCAGCCGGCGCCCGUGCCCAGCAUGGAGAAAAAGCGGACCGUGUACCAGAUGGCGCUCAACAAACUGGACGAAAUUCUGGCGGCAGCUCAGCAGACCAUCAGUGCAAGCGAGAGCCCUGGGCCCGGGGGCCUGGCCUCCCUGGGCAAACACCGGCCCAAAGGCUUCUUUGCCACCGAGUCGAGCUUCGAUCCCCACCACCGCUCGCAGCCGAGCUAUGAACGGCCUUCCUACCUGCCCCCAGGACCUGGGCUUAUGCUCCGGCAGAAAUCUAUUGGGGCCGCCGAAGACGACAGGCCUUACCUAGCGCCCCCGAGCAUGAAGUUCAGCCGCAGCCUGUCCGUGCCUGGUUCGGAGGACAUCCCCCCGCCUCCCACCACGUCCCCGCCCGAGCCCCCGUACAGCACGCCCCCAGCCCCCUCCAUCUCCGGCCGCCUCACGCCCUCCCCCCGGGGCGGGCACUUCAACCCCGGCUCCGGCGGGCCCCUCCCCGCCUCCUCCCCCUCCUCCUUCGACGGGCCCGCCCCUCCCGACACCCGCCUGGGCGGCCGCGAGAAGAGCCUGUACCACAGCGGGCCCCUGCCCCCCGCGCACCACCACCCGCCCCACCACCACCACCACCACGCGCCGCCGCCCCAGCCCCACCACCACCACGCGCACCCCCCUCACCCUCCCGAGAUGGAGACGGGCGGCUCCCCGGACGACCCCCCGCCCCGACUGGCCCUGGGGCCGCAGCCGAGCCUGCGCGGCUGGCGGGGCGGCGGGCCCAGCCCGACCCCGGGCGCCCCGUCCCCGUCGCAUCACGGCGGCGGCGCGGGCGGCGGCCCCUCCCAGGCGCCCGCGCUGCGCUACUUCCAGCUGCCGCCGCGCGCGGCCAGCGCGGCCAUGUACGUGCCCGCCCGCUCGGGCCGGGGGCGCAAGGGCCCGCUGGUCAAGCAGACCAAAGUGGAGGGCGAGCCGCAGAAGGGCGGCCUCCCGCCCGCGCCCUCGCCCACGUCGCCCGCGUCCCCGCAGCCGCCGCCCGCCGCGGCCGCGCCGUCGGAGAAGAACUCCAUCCCCAUCCCCACCAUCAUCAUCAAGGCCCCGUCCACCAGCAGCAGCGGCCGCAGCAGCCAGGGCAGCAGCACCGAGGCCGAGCCCCCGCCGCCGCCCGACGCCGCGGCCGGCUCCUCCUCCGCGCCCAGCCCCGCGCCGGCGUCCCCGUCGCCCGCGCCGCCCUCCCCGUCGCCCGCGCCCGCCCCCGCCUCGCCCAGCGGCCCGGCCACCCUCGACUUCACCAGCCAGUUCGGGGCGGCCCUGGUCGGGGCGGCGCGCCGGGAGGGCGGCUGGCAGAGCGAGGCCCGCCGGCGCUCCACGCUCUUCCUCUCCACCGACGCGGGCGACGAGGAGGGCGGCGACGGCGCGCUGGGCUCGGGCGCGCCCCCGGGCCCGCGGCUGCGCCACUCCAAGUCCAUCGACGAGGGCAUGUUCUCCGCCGAGCCCUACCUGCGCCUGGAGGCCGGGGGCGGCGGCUACGGGGGCUACGGCGCCGCCAGCCGCGCCUACGGCAGCAGCGGGGGCAGCAGCGCCUUCACCAGCUUCCUGCCGCCGCGGCCCCUGGUCCACCCGCUGACCGGCAAGGCCCUGGACCCCGCCUCCCCGCUCGGGCUGGCGCUGGCGGCCCGCGAGAGGGCGCUGAAGGAGUCCUCGGAGGGCGGGGGCGCCCCCCAGCCGCCUCCCCGGCCCCCGUCGCCCCGCUACGAGGUCCCGCCGCCCACCCCGCACCACCACGCGCCCCACGCGCACCACGAGCCCGUGCUGCGCCUCUGGGGGGCCUCCCCUCCGGACCCCGCCCGCCGGGAGCUGGGGUACCGGGCGGGGCUGGGCGGCCCGGAGAAGCCCCUGGCGGCCAGCCCGCCCGCCGCGCGGCGCUCCCUGCUGCACCGCCUGCCGCCCACGGCGCCCGGGGUCGGGCCCCUCCUCCUGCAGCUGGGCCCGGAGCCCCCCGCCCCGCUCCCCGGGGUGAGCAAGGCCUGGCGGGCCGGAGCCCCCGAGGAGCCCGAGCGGCUGCCCUUACACGUGCGGUUCCUGGAGAACUGCCAGCCGCGGGCCGGGGGGGCGGGGGGCAGGGGUCCCCCCGCGGAGGACGGCCCGGGGGUCGCGCCGCCCAGCCCGCGCCGCUCGGUGCCCGCCUCGCCCACCUCCCCGCGGGGCAGCGAGGAGAACGGGCUCCCCCUGCUGGUCCUGCCGCCGCCCGCCCCCUCCGUGGACGUGGAGGACGGCGAGUUCCUCUUCGUGGAGCCGCUGCCCCCGCCCCUGGAGUUCUCCAACAGCUUCGAGAAGCCCGAGUCGCCCCUCACGCCGGGGCCUCCGCACCCCCUGCCCGACCCCCCGACCCCGACCACCCCGCUGCCGCCCGCGCCCCCCGCCGUCGCUGCCGCCCCGCCCACCCUGGACUCCACCGCCUCCAGCCUGACCUCCUACGACAGCGAGGUGGCCACGCUGACCCAGGGCGCCCCCGCGGCUCCGGGGGACGCCCCUGCGCCCGGCCCGCCGGCCCCCGCCGCCCCGGCCGCCCCCGCGCCCCAGCCCGGGCCGGACCCUCCGCCCGGCACAGACUCCGGGAUCGAGGAGGUGGACAGCCGGAGCAGCAGCGACCACCCGCUGGAGACCAUCAGCAGCGCGUCCACGCUGAGCAGCCUGUCGGCCGAGGGCGGCGGCGGCGGCAGCGCAGGGGGCGGGGGUGGCGGUGGGGCCGGGGCGGCCAGUGGGCCGGAGCUGCUGGACACCUACGUGGCCUACCUGGACGGCCAGGCCUUCGGGGGGAGCGGCGCCCCCGGCCCGCCGUACCCCCCGCAGCUCAUGACUCCCUCGAAGCUCCGCGGCCGGGCUCUGGGGGCCAGUGGAGGCCUGCGCCCCGGCCACGGCGGGGGACUCCGCGACCCCGUCACGCCCACGAGCCCCACCGUCUCCGUGACGGGGGCCGGAACCGAUGGGCUGUUGGCCUUGAGCGCUUGUUCGGGAGCCUCGACGGCAGGUGUGACUGGGGGUCCGGGAGCCGUGGAGCCAGAAGGCGCACCGGUGCCCUUGUCGUCUGCAUCGUCCCUGCCGCGGAAGCUGCUGCCCUGGGAGGAGGGCCCGGGGCCCCCGCCGCCGCCGCUGCCCGGGCCCCUGGCCCCGCCUCAGGCCUCCGCCUUGGCCACCGUGAAAGCCAGCAUCAUCAGCGAACUCAGCUCCAAGCUCCAGCAGUUUGGGGGCUCCUCGGCAGCUGGUGGCGCUCUGCCCUGGGCCCGGGGAGGCAGCGGGAGCGACAGCCACCACGGGGGAGCCAGCUACGUCCCCGAGAGGACCUCGUCCCUGCAGCGGCAGAGACUCUCCGAAGACUCCCAGUCCUCGCUCCUCUCCAAACCCGUGAGCAGCCUGUUUCAGAACUGGCCCAAAACACCCCUGCCGCCACUCCCCACGGGGACCGGGGUCCCCUCCGCGGCUGCGGCCCCCGGGGCCACCUCACCCUCGGCCUCCUCCUCCACGUCCAGCCGCCACCUCCAGGGUGUGGAAUUCGAGAUGCGGCCACCUCUGCUCCGCCGGGCCCCCAGCCCCUCGCUGCUGCCCACUUCGGAGCACAAGGUCAGCCCUGCGCCCCGGCCCUCGUCCCUGCCCAUCCUGCCUUCUGGACCCCUCUACCCGGGCCUCUUUGACGUCCGCAGCUCUCCCACUGGAGGGGCCGGGGGCUCGGCCGACCCCUUCGCCCCCGUCUUUGUGCCGCCGCACCCGGGGAUGUCCGGGGGCCUCGGGGGAGCCUUGUCUGGGGCCUCCCGCUCCCUCUCACCGACCCGCCUGCUUUCGCUGCCCCCGGACAAGCCUUUCGGCGCCAAGCCUCUGGGGUUCUGGACCAAGUUCGACGUGGCUGAUUGGCUGGAGUGGCUGGGCUUGGCCGAGCACCGAGCCCGCUUCCUGGACCACGAGAUCGAUGGCUCGCACCUGCCCGCCCUGACCAAGGAGGACUACGUGGACCUGGGCGUGACCCGGGUGGGCCACCGCAUGAAUAUCGACCGGGCUCUCAAAUUUUUCCUGGAGAGGUGAUGGCUGGCUUGGACGGACCAGCCCGUCCACAGAACCCUGGGGCUCGCCGGCCCCUGGACCUCUGACCCUUGACCCUUAUUCUCUCCCUGGGCCGGGGACCACGCUACACCUGUGCCCUGCCGUCAUCUCCCGAGGCUGGAGGUCACCGGGGUGGCCUGAUUCCAGCCAGACAUUUGCACCUCACAGGAGGGGGCAGCUAAUGGAGAUUGUGUGUGCAGCUGGGAGCCGACGGGGUGGGCGUGGAAGAAAUCAGAGGGGGGAUGGAGGAGGAGGAGGGAAGGGUCGAUUCUGGGGAGGGGGGACUGACAGAGCCAUAGAGGGCCAGCCCCGAGCCUGGCUGGGUGGGGGGUCCGUUCCCCAGGCCGCAGGGGAAGGGGGUGCCCUCAGAUUCCACCACCUGCCACCCCUCUAACAACCCUUUCCCCCCUUUCUCCAGGCCCCUCCGUUCUCCCUGCCUCCCCUCUCCCUAGCACACACAGCGGCCCCCUCAGCCUCUUGCACGCUCCUUUGCACGCCUGCUUGCCUCUCCCCCCUCCCCGGGCUACAAUUUUGCACAAAGUUGCCCCCUCGCUGUCUUGCACACUCCGCCUUGGCUUCUGUCCUGCGAGGCCUCAUCUCUGCUUCCCUCGGCCUCAUCUCUGCUUCCCUCCCACCCGUCCCAUUUCUCCCCCCAGGCGCCACGCCCCCUGCUCUCUCCAGCUCCCGCUUGCACGCUCUCCCCUCGGCGUCCGCCCCAUCCCCCUCCCUCCCGACAACCUCCGGGCCCUUGCUGCAGACACACUUGGGACACCCUCCCCCUCCCCCCCUCACAGGCUCCGUGCACACGCGGAUUCUCUGGAAUACCGUCCUCUGUUGAACCCUUGCACACUCGCCGUCCCCCGCGCGCAACUCUCCCGACACGCUCGCCUCGGGUUUUCUUUAAGCACUUUGCCCCCUUAUUCUUGAUCCCCACUUUCUUCCCCUGCCCGCCGCCGCCUGUCACGUGACACCCCCUCCCCCUGCUUGCCCCGCCCCCCCCUCGCACUGUCACUUCUAGCGCGUGGCUUGCACACUGGCUUCCCAGGAACUCUUUCUCUCUCCAUGUUCAUCCCGCUCCUCCCCGCCAGGCUCCCGCUCCCUUGCCCCUUCCUCUUCCAAAUCUCUGCCCAUCCCCAUCGGCUCUUCUGUGGGCCCCCUCGCACACGCAUUCUCCCGCAUUUCCGCUGCGCUUCGGAAACCCUUUUCUGUUCUUUAAGGAUGUCCCCGCACACUGGCUUUGCUGCACACGCGUUCCUGAGUUUCGACUUGUUCUUGCCCGCUCCUGGGCGACUUUCUCCAUCUCCCUUGGGGAACAUUGCCUUUUGCACACGGGCCCCCUCCGCACUCCGGGGCCCCCUCCGCACUCCCAGCCUGUCUGAUCGCGUCCGUUCCUGGCAGCUGUUUUCUGUCCUGUGACAGCUCCGCGCCGCCGUCACUCUGCCUGUUCUCUUCCGUCUUCAGCGCUUCUCUCUCUCUGGCAGGAGGAGCCCCUGUGCACACUCACUUCCUGCUCACCACGCGCCCUCUCCCGGCUCCAGGCUUUGCCCUCCGGCACAGGCUCCCUCCUCUCGCUCUUCCCAGUCCUUCCUGGCCAUCUGUCUUUCCAUUUUGCACGAAGACUAUCCCCGUCCCCCCACCCCCACCCCGACUUCCCAACCCUUCAGUCUCUCCAAGAAACUGCCUCCUCCAGCAUGGCUGUUCCUUCCUGCACGCUCCCCGCCUCCCUCUAUCCCUGGGGCUUGGGAAUUUCAAACCACCCCUUCCCCUGGGAAGCCCCCUCCCCUACUGUGGGUAAAGGGGGGAGGGCAUCGCCCUCAGGUCCCCCAUGUUCAGCUGCCAAAGAAGGGAGCUCCCCCUCCUUCCCCCAAGCCCAUUCCCCCUCUGCUGCCCCCACCCCCGAGGGGGGGGGCUCCGUCCAUGGGGGGGAGGGUGCUUGCAGCCCUCUCCCCUUACCACGUCAGGGAUCUGCGGGGAACCUUGUGGGAGGGUCCUGGGAGGGGGGAAGGGUGUCAAGGAGGGGGUGGAGGUCGCGCUGGGCCCCUCCCCGCCCCCUCCCCCUU